GUCACUAAUAAAAUUAUUUCAAUUUCAAGUUAGUCAAGACAAUUCUUUUUAUGGAAAAGAAUUUAAUUGAAUGAAAAUUAACGCAUAAAACUUAAGAUUAUAAGUGUAAAUAAUUCACUUUGCCAGAUAUUCAUCAUAUCGCAAAAAUGUGAUAAACUGUACAACAAAUGUUCAGUAAAUUUUUCCUAUAUAACUACACGCCUUAGGUUUUGUGAAUGGAAAAUACGUUCUCACAGUAACCAAUAACUUGAUUCUAAAGGAAUUACAUGACGCCAAAAACUAUCCAGAUGCCUAUGAGCUGUCGUCUGCCCAAGACAACAUGUAUGACAUGUUGUCAGAAUUCCGAGUAUCAGAAUUUGAUUCUUUUGUAAACAUACUGAGAUUGACUCCUGGUGAUCCCUUAAACACAUUUGGUGAAAUGUGGUAUCCUGUGUUCUUGUGGUCAUUGUGUUCUUCUGUGUUUGUGCAUACUUGUGCUGCGUUAGUCGCUUUUGGAACUCUAAGGAAACACAAAUAUGGAAAAUUUUUCCCUGUUCUAUUAAUAGUGAUGGGUGUUGUCAAUCCAGUAACAUCUGGAGUCGCCAGUAGUGCUGCCGUUGCAUUUAUAUAUCGUGCUGCUAAUCAAGAAAUGCCUCCAAUACAUGCUAUGAUAUGGGGGAUAGGUCAAACUGUAUUAGGGGCAGGUAUAGGAUUUACAAGAAUUUUAGCAACACUGUAAUUAAUGUAGUAUUGAAACACUUGUAUAUGUAUUCAGCGAUGUAAUUAUAGUUCAAAUGAAUUGAGAGUCAAUUAUUUUAGAAUAAUGUUGAAGAUAUAGGUGGUGCUGUUGUUCAAUACAUUAUUCCCUAUUUAAUGUCUUUGUGUAUCCAUUUAGUAUUUAUAUGGUAUAUCAUAUAGCUAAUACUCAUGUAUAGUAAUUGUAAUAAGAAUGUAUAUCUUGUCUCUCAUGUAUAUUCCCACUAUUAUAAAUUUUAUAAAAUGUCAAUCAUGACCAUCACGAUCAUGGCCUUGCAUUGAGCUCUGUUAAAAAUGUUUUAUAUAUCAUACUCAUUGUAAAUUGGUCCCAAAAAGCUAUCCACUUACAAUAGAUUUGAAAUAAUUUUAUACAAAUGACACAACAUCACUCUGGUACUGAUAUAUUGACUAGAAGUUUAAAGUUUUAUUAAAUCAAAAAAAAAAGAAUAUUUCUUGAAAUCUUAAAUGCAAUCCAGCAUAACAGUAACAAAUUGUGCAAUGGUAAUAACUAUAAUGAAAGUAAUCACAUUAAAAUUAAUAUGAAACCCUAUAAACAUUAUUGGUAUUUGUUAGCUUUUUGGGGCCAAAUUGAGUCAUACUCUUAUAAAAUUAACAUGACAAGUAAAUAUAAGUAUUGUGAUGGAUUGGCCUAGAUCAGGUUGUAUGAUUGAAUGAUGUAAAAAUUAUUUUUUUAUAAUUGUUAAUUGUACAUAUUUUAUUUGACUGAUAUUUCAACGGAUUAAAGGGAAUAUAUCUGCCAAUGCCUUAAAAAGGUUAAUAAAAUUUAAGAGUAAAAACUGGCAUUACCUUACAUACAUAUAUAUUCAGACAAAUAUUCAUAGUCACAAACUAAAAUUUUAUGAAAUUCCAAUGCUUUGAAAGUAUUAUUUGGUUUUGGAUAUUCCCUGAUUCCAAUGGAAAAUGUAUCUUUUCUCACUGAAAGAAAAUCAUUUAGUUUCCUCAUUACCAUACAUUUGUUGAUGGAUGAAUCAACAACAGCAACAAGUUCAAUUUGAGAUAAAUAAUUAUAUUCAAGUCAAAAUUUUUUGAAGCUGAGAAAGAUGAAAAUUAAAUACUAUGUAAAUCUUCCUCAUCAACUAAAACAGGUAGGUUUCAAAACUAUGAAGAAUGUGAUAAAUUGCAUUCUUUACUAUACACCAUCUUCAUCCAGAUAAUGCAGAAUGCAUAACUGAGAAUACAUUUUGUAAUGGUUUGCUAGUUUUAUUUCAUAAUAUUGUACUUAUACCUUUUCAUUGAUAUCUUAGAAGCUAGAACCAUACUUAAUUUUUAUCUGUACUGAUAAGUUAAUGAACAAUUGGUAUUAGUCAGUACAGUACACACAGUAAUGACAACAUUAUAUAAUUAGUUCUUUAGUAAUUUUGUUUGGUGUGGGGGGAAAAUGCACAUUAUCACUAGUAUUAUUUAUAAACUAUGUUUGUGCUAUGCAGGUUAACAGUUAAAAUUAAAUGUUUAUAAUGUUAUUAUAAAUAAUUUUAUAUUGUUCUGUGAAAAUUUAUGGGUAAAUUAAUUUUGUAUUAGUUAUUGACCAUGUAAAUUAAUUGUCUAAUAUCCUUAUGAUGUUAGCAUUUAUUUUUUAAAAUAGUAAAGAUUAGUUUCCGUUUGUACAUACAAUUAUUUAAAAUAUCUAUGAAUAAUAUAUUUUGUAAAUGAGAAAUAAAUUUCCAAGAUGUAUCAUAAUAAACAUCUUGGAUUUUAUAAACCAAAA